AUGGCUGCCCAACAAAGCAGAGUCAAAGACACAUCAAUCUCGGCGUUAGCUCGGCGAAGUACGCGCCAUUCUCGCAAGGCACGCGUGCAUCGGGCGACACCUAGCGCAGCUGGAGCUCCAGAUGGCGUUGGCAAGUAUCAUGUGGAGAGCUACGACAUGCGACGGCCAGCCAUGACCGCCGCAAUGAUGGGGGCAGGGCACGCGGGGCAGGCAUUGGGCGAACGAACGCGCAGAAAUUCCAACUUUACGACCAGAUCAUCAGCAAGAACAAGGCCGGUCAUUCAAUUUCGGCCGCGUGGGCACACACAGCAGAAGCUAAACCGAGUCGGCUAUUCCGCCGGAUACAAGGAGCAAUAUAGGCCGCCAGAUGAAGAGAUGAUGGCCUGCAGAGGACAAUACUCCGAUAUGAGACGGGCAUUCCAGCGAGAAUCGGCUGUUUUCUUUGCAGCUCGCUUGUGGCAGGGUAACCAGCCAGUCAGCAGGUUGCUGAUUACUCCUUGCUGGGUCCUGUCCCGGGAGAGUACCCGAGGGAUAGAAGUGAAGCUCACCGCGCGCGACUACCGAUACCCGCCUCACCCGCUCCGGGAUCCCGAGAUGUGCUGCCGCCAGGGGGGAGUGGUUGCCGCGAAGCUAGGUUUGAUGGGUCUGUUGUUGCAGGUAGAUGUAGAUUCCCAACAACUUGUUGACUCCUAG